CCCCAAGGGCAAGCUCAGGAAACAGGCUGGCGCCCCAAUCCUAGACAGACCCCUGUGGUGGGGAGAGGAGCAGCCUCAGGCUGACCUUCCCGAGGCCCCUCCCCACCCAGGGCUGCUGAGCAGGAGCCCUGAUGUGGGCGUCAGGGCACUUGUCAUGGGCACUUGUGACCAUCCCUGGCUUCAGACGCAAGGGAAGGAAGGAGGUUCCCGCAGAACACACUCACGUGGCAGCUAACUGCCCCCUGCUAGGAUGGCAGUUGGUGGCAGUUAGGGGUCCUGUGCUCCUGACCUGGCUCCUCCUCCCCAGUUCGGCCCACAGAAAAUGAAGGGGCAGGUCAAGCUCUUCCCCUAGUGCGUAAAGCAGAUCAGCCUGGAUGUGACCCCGACCUUCCGCAGCCACAUCGUAUUCUGGGACCGCUAUGCUGGAGCUUAUCGUACCCCAAACUCACGUGCCACUAAGAACGCACCAUGGACAGCACCGGGCUGUCUUGCGAUGCCUGUCUGCACUGGAGCCCCUGCACACCAAGCAGGGUCUCCAAUGGAACCUCAGGAAGAUGCUGACCUCUCGCUGUGCAGGGUCACUGACCAUCAUGGUUUUCUGCAGGAAAAGGAGCUGCCUGGCCCCAGCCCCCAUGAGGCAAAGCAAAAAAUGCCAGGAGACCUGGAGAGCAGACAAGCAGGUGAAGAUGCUGUGCAAAUGGGACACAUACCAGCACAGCAAGAAGAUGCAUGGAAGCAUCUACAAAGGGGUCCCUCUGCAGGUGCGAGGUCAGGUUAAGUCCUGCCUGCUGGACACUGAGAAGGACAUCUGGAACAUCUGGACAUCUGGAACAAGCCAGAUCAUGAAGAGGAGAAGAAUCAGGGGCUACCACAAGCGGGUGCAGAGGGGAAUGCCUAGCUACAAAGGGGAGGCUCAGGGUGGAGCAGCUGCUCUGGGGCUGGAUGGGUAAAAUCCAGGAGCUGCACAUCCCACAGUGUGAGCUUUAAUGGAGACAAAUAGAAAAAAAAAUAAAAAUAAACAUCCAUCACACUGA